GCAGACAUCAACCAAGGAUACCCUCUCUAGUAUCUACAACCACAACAUCAAUCCUGGAAUGUCGUAACAUCUGCAUCAGAUAUCACCAACUUCCCCCUCGAGUAUAAAGAUGGACUCCGUCUUCAAUAUCGCGUCGAACUACACGCAGGAUCGGUGCGAGAAGCUCAAGCAUGGAGACGGCGAGAAUGACAGCUCUUUCUACAUCAACCUUACUUUGUCCAUGUACGCUUGAAGCUAUUUACUCGAAAUGUUCAGAGAACCCUUUGCUGACACGCUCUGCAGCUUCAUCCUUUUUGGUAUACUCGUCUCAUAUCUGCCUCAGCAUUAUAGGAUCAUUGCGCGUGGGACCUCGGAGGGUAUCUCGCCCUACUUUAUCCUUCUAGGCACCACGUCAGGGACAUGCGCUUUUGCAAAUAUCCUCACUCUCCCAGCUUCCAGGGCAGAUGUCGCGUGUUGCAAGACGAUAAGUACAUUUGAAUGUGUAGCUGGAUUGCUAGGGAUUGCACAAGUCGGUGUGCAGUGGUUCUGCUUCAGUGUGAUGUACGUACAUCCAUUCCUUCGAAAUAUUGUCUCUGCUAAUGGGAGACUCACAGUCUCUUUCUCUUCCUCGUAUUCUUCCCUCGAACCCCACCGAUUCACGACGAAGAAGAUGAACCCGUCGGCGAUCAAUACACCUGGCGCACCGCCCUAACCGUAGCCUUCGUUUGUCUCCUCCACGGUCUACUCGUAAUCAUCGUCAGCACAGCACUCUUCUACUCUCGACCGGGGACACUGGGUACAUGGGCCAAUAUACUUGGUAUAACUGCAACCAUACUUGCCACCAUACAAUACCUUCCACAAAUUUGGAUGACUUGGUUCUUGGGACAUGUUGGCAGUUUGAGUAUUCCUAUGAUGUUGAUACAAACACCCGGGAGUUUUGUUUGGGCCGGGAGCUUGGCUGCGAGGCUAGGAGUCGAGGGGUGGAGUAGUUGGGGUGUUUUCUUGGUGACGGGUUGUUUGCAGGGGUGUUUGUUGGUUAUGGGCAUUUGUUUUGAGGUCAAGGCGAGGAGGGAGAAGAAUUAUGAUGAGGUGGAAGGGGUUCGUUAUUUCCUCUCCAUACUAAUAAGCUGUCGGAUAUAUGCUAAUGAUUUAUAUAGACAAACGCGAGAUGUGUGGUUGGAUAUAUUCCAGGUCAGACUGAUGGGAUUGAAACCGAUGACGAGGGAGGUGCCGUGGUUGAGACACCUGCCAGCGAAAGGACUCCACUUCUGAAGACCAAUUCCAGGAAAUCUUCGAGAGCUCCGAUAUAGAAAGGAUAUUAGAAAAGCUCGUGGUUUGGAGAAAGAGAAUGGGUUG